UAAAUAGGGGGAGAAAUAAUUUUUUUUCCGCCCCGCGGUUAUAAUUACGUGGCUUUUGCAUGCGUGUUUUUUGUUUUGUUCUUGUUUUAAAUUUUGACAGACCAUCAGUUUAUGAGUGAUCAAAUACAGCUCUCAAGUUGAUCCUUACAAUUUUAAGAAAUGAAAGCUAGAAAGAUGCUCUUCCUUAUUUUUACCGUUGUUUUAAGUUUUUGUACUGCAGUACCUCAUCCAGAAAGUGGAAAACGAGUAGUAGACAAGCCAUUGAGUAAUCAAGAGCAUUAUGGUGAUAAUGAAGUACACAAUAAGGAAUAUGAUCACGAGGCUUUUCUUGGAGAAGAAGAAGCAAGGAAAUUUGAGCAACUCACACCUGAAGAAAGUAAAGAAAGGCUUGGAAAAAUAGUUGAUAAAAUUGACAAAGACAAAGACAGUUUUGUGUCAGAAAGUGAAUUGAAAGAAUGGAUCAAAUAUACUCAAAUGAAAUACAUCAUGGAAGACGUUGAUAGGCAGUGGGAUCAAUAUAAUUCAGAUCAGAACCAAAACCUUAAUUGGGAAACUUAUAAAAAGGUUACUUACAGUUUCAUAGAUGAAGACAAAGAUGAUGGUGAUGAUAGUGACAUGAAAACAUAUAAAGAAAUGAUGCAGCGUGACAAGCGUCGAUGGGAAACUGCUGACAAAAAUAAAGAUAAUCAGUUGUCCAAGGAAGAAUUUACUGAUUUUCUCCAUCCUGAAGAAUCUGCUCACAUGCAUGAUGUAGUCAUUGUGGAAACUCUGGAAGACAUUGACAAAGAUAAUGAUGGAAAAAUUUCUUUGAAAGAAUACAUAGGAGAUAUGUACAGUGGAAGUGAAGAAGAUGAGCCAGACUGGGUUAAAAAUGAGAGAGAACAGUUCUCCACUUAUAGGGAUAAAAACAAGGAUGGUGUCAUGGAUAAAGAAGAGGUUCAAGAAUGGAUACUGCCAAGUGAUUACAAUGAUAGUGAAGCUGAAGCAAAACACUUGAUUUAUGAAUCUGAUGAAAACAAAGAUGGAAAGUUAUCAAAAGAAGAAAUACUGAACAGUUAUGAUCUGUUUGUCGGAAGUCAAGCGACAGAUUUUGGCGGAGCUUUAAACCGCCAUGAUGAAUUUUAAUCUAUUUGGCCACUAAAAUGUCUCAAGUCAAAGUAUUUAUCAUAGCAGUAUGAAUAUUUGUGAUGUUGUUAAUGUUGAUAAUCCAAUGGAGCUUAAUAAAAUAUCCCCCUUUUUAUAUUUUAUUUGCUUUCAAUAUGAACUUGAUUAUAAUCUGUGAAAUAAGUUAAACUUUAGUUUAAUUUUGCCUCAUUUAUAAAACUGUGAUUAAAGUUAUAAUUAAAAUCUAAGCGUGUGUUAAAAUUUUAUAUACUUCUCUUAUUAAUAAUUGGAGAAUAGUGCUGGCCGUGCAGAUAUAUGAAAGAUAAUGAAAAAUUGUCUCAAUAUAUAUGUAUAUUAAAAUAAAAAUACUAUAAUUUAAUUCCUAGUUUAUGUUAAAAUUUUCUGAAUAAAGUGCUAUCUAAUUUGUUAAUUUAUCUUUUAAUAGCAAUUAUCAACAUUUUUGACUCUUUAAUUAAGUAAUUAGUUACCUGGAAAUAAAAAGUAAACGGAUGAAAAAUAAACUAGAUUAUAAAAUUUAUCAACAUGUAUUGAAAAAUUAAAUAGUUACUACGGUUAAAAAUUUUACCCUCCUUUACAAUUUUAAAAUAUUUUAUAAUUUAACUCUAUGUUUAGAGAAUUAAAAUGUUAAUAUAACUUAACAAUAACACAACUGCUACUUAAGUUGACUUUAACUUACUGUUAAUUUUAUUUUAACUAUCUAUUAAAUGAGAUUAUGACUAGAAGUAAAGUAUUCACAGCUCAAAAGUAUAUCUAUGAUCCUAUGGGGCCGUUCAAAAAGUACGUACAUCCCGAAGGAGGGGGGGAUUUGCUAUUUUGCACGAUGAGGGGGAGGUAUUAUACAAAGUAUGUACAUUAUAAGCGUACACCAAAUUUAAAUUUGACUUUUUCCUACACAUGUAUUAUACAUACGUUUGUUCCUGUAUUUUUUUUCACACGGCAACCACUUGUUAGAAUGAGUAAAUCAGUUCUCAAAAAAAGUUUUCUCGCAAAAUAAAAAAAUUGCAAACACCAAACUUUCCCAGAUUGGUGAUAUUUCCCCGUUGGAUGUUAUUGUUUAAAUAAUUUAAAUGAAUAAAUUAUUUUAAAUAAAUAUUUAAUUUUAUAUAAAACAUGAUUAUUUUAAUUUUUAUGAAAAAAGGGGGUAGACUAAUAAAAUGUACGUGGGGGGGAGAACUUAUGUACGAAAGGGGGAGGGGUUAAAAUUUCUCUAUUUUUGUGUAUACAUACUUUUUGAACGACCCAUAUCUUGUUUUCAUUUUAUUUGAAGUAUAGUUUCUAUAUCAAAAGGAAUGUGUGAAUUAAAUAAAAUGCAUUUAUUUAUUUAUGUUAUUUGUCAGGCCGUUUUAAUAUUGAAUUAAUUUUUUUUGUAUGAUAUUUAUAGUGAUAAUUAUUAACUACUUCAAGUGUUAUUUAUUUCAACACUGAUACCACCAAAUUUGUUGGUUAGAUUACUUUAUAUACAGUAAUAAUCUUUUUAUACUAUUAAAAAUAUAAAACUAAGGAUUGGAAAUGUUUGUUAAAAAAAAUAAUGAGUGUUACUUUAUUUCUUCAAUAAAACAUUACAAUUUAGAAUUAUUCGUUUAUUGAAUAUAUUAAGAUAUAAGAAGCAAAGGCAGUUCAAGUAAUAGUUCAGCUGAAUUCAUUUCAUUUUAAUUGCAUCACCCUGACCACGUUUAGAAAUCUCAUAAUUUCACACAAUUUAUGGAAAGUAUUGUUUCAAAGGACAAUUUUUAUUAUUAAAUUUUAUAGGCAGCUAGAUUUUGCUUAAUUUGCUCUUUUAAUUAAUAUCUCGCCCCCUCUCCAUUGUGGUUUUAAUUUUUUUUUUGAAUUUGUCUUUUUAUGUGUUAAUAUUAUUCAAGAUUUGCUUUUUAUUCAGCCUAAUACAAAAUUUUUUCAAAUUUGGUUAUAUUUCACAACUUUUCGUAAAAUUUCUUGAACUAGCUAUAUUUUGUAUUUCUUUGAUUCUUUCAAAAAUUUUAAAUUUAUAAAAGAUUAAAAAAUUACAAAUAUUUUGUAUGUGAUAUUUCCAGAUAUUUUGAAUAGCAUAUUUUUUUCUUCAAUAAUGAUUUUUAAAAAACACUUUUUAUUAGAUUAAAUUUUGUUUUUAAUCAGUACCAAAUACUAAAAAAAUCAAUUACCAUGUUUGCACAUGCAUGUACGUUUCAAUGUAUGAAACUGCGAUGAUUGCACAUUUUUAUGCCUAUUUAUUUUAAUUCUCAAAUAUUAAUUUAUGAUACUUAUAAAUUUCUAUGAAAAUUUAUUUCCUAGUCAAGAUAAAACUUAAUUUAAAAAUUAUUACUCUUAUUUGUAUUGGUGAAAUGUACCCAGUUCAUUUUUCAAUAUGUAGCCUUUAUUUUACUUGUGUGUAUGUAUUUACUUAUUUAAACAAUGGCAAUAUUCAUUUUGGAAUUAUGAUGCUUGCCAAUUUAUACUUUUAUACAAAACUUUUGAAUGUUUAAUACGUAUUUUUGUAAUAGAAACUGUUUUCCACUGCUUAAAUUUUAUAUAAAUAAAGCUAUAAAACUCA